AGCUCCUUACUGGGCCAUGGCUCGCGAGUUCACCCCGGACAGCGAGUUUGCUGCCCUGGAGACACCGCGCGUCCCCAAUAAGCUUCAAUCCCUCACUGCUCUGGGGCGCUUCGAGUUCGAGGCCGGCAAAGGCAAUGAAGGCACCAAGAUCCUGAUGGUGGAAUGGGAGGACGACGACCUCACCAGAUCCAGCACCGGCUCAUGGCAGGUUUCGUGGGAUGGGAAGCGCACCGUCCUACCAGCCCAUGACCAGGCGACCGACCAGAUCCGUCGCUGCUAUUUUAUGUUGCCGCCACACGCAACCAUUCCGCCUACGGUCACACUGACCUACGAGCCUCCGCCUAGCUCGGCCUCGACGGUGAAGAAGAGCGAGUCUAUCCAGAUCCACCCUUUGCCCGCCAUUUACCCCCCAGAGCUAGGAGCCACUGCGCGAACGGCGGGGAAAAAGGGGGUGCUGCAUACGAUAUGGGCGAAGAAAAGACUACAAGUGUUGGAGAAGGAGAUCAAAGAGGAGUCCCAGUAUAACGCCGAGGGGAUCGCGUUGCAUAUGGCGAUAGAGGAGAAGGAGUGGAUAGAAGCCAACUUCGGAGUCGUUGUGAAGCCCCUGCCUCAGUUAGUGACAACAAAUGUUUUAUCUAAUUUGAAUGCGCCACCGCUCAGUCCCACGACGCCAGUAUCACCAACGGGCGGGAGUCGACUGAGUGAGAAGUUAAAGGGGUUGCGUCUUGGGACGAGUGAGAAAGAUCUAACCCGGAAACCCGUGGCUUCCGAUCCACAUCUUCAUCCUCUAUCUCCUGACGAGCCAGACAUGGCGAUAUCUUCCUUCAGCUCGUUCCACACUGGUAACACCCCGAUCAACCCGUCGACCCCGUCAUUGCAGGCACAGCAACCGCCACAACCGCCAAAUGCACCACAUCAGGCACAGACCCACCCAAUAGUCAGGCAACCAGUAGCUCAUGCUCCCCCAGACUUUAUUCGCCGGCAACAAGCGCAGGACUCCGGAUUCGCCUCUUUGAAUAUGCAGCCCAUCGUUGACAGUAUCAGCUCGAACAACGAGGUUAAUAAUAAUGCAAACCCGCCAGACGUUCAAGACGGGUUGUUUGCAAAGGCUCUCAGCCCUCGAUCCCCUGAUAUCCCCAAAAGCCCCUUCUCAUUCUCUACAGAAGAGACUCUUCCCUAUGCUGCCAAGCAACUAAAUGCUUGA